ACGUAACAUCAGCGAGAAACGACAGCAGCAAUCAGCUGACGCCAUCAACAACACACGUCCAGACGGUCCAGCCAUCGCCUAAUCACAUGUAAGCUGUGCCUCCACCCCGUGCUGACUGCCACAUCCCUCUACUAAUUGGAAUAUAUCCGUAUCUACAGGAGUACAACAAUGUUUAUGAGCUGCGACUCGUCAUUCCGCUAACUUGCAUUUCUCUGUUAACGGAAAAUACUCUUAUCGUCUCCAAAUUUGGCCAUGAAGUGUAACUCUACAGUCAUCGGCAUGUACCGCAAAGAAGUCUAACUAUAACACAACAACAUUUAAUUAAGUCUUGCCAAAUCAUAACACUGUGACGCGUCUCCCAACAUUACCACUCGUGCAGUCAACGGGAGAAAACUACGCAAACUGCACAUAAAGAAGAUAUUAAUAAGUAAAGUGGUAAAAUCUGAGCAUUGAUCAUGUGGGUGUCAAAUGUAAGGUUAGCAGCUGAUGCUUACCUUGUGUGUCUUCAUCAUGCCCUCACCACAGAGAAGGAGGAAGUGCUAGGGCUCUUGGUUGGAGAGUUUAGUGAGGGCACAGAAGUUGUAUGUGACAUUCACUCUGCUGUAACACUUAGAAGAUCUGAUAAACGGAAGGACAGGGUAGAAAUUUCACCUGAAAUGCUCAUUGAGGCACAGCAGAGGGCAGAACAGAUGUCUGCAUCAAGUGGUCAAGAGCUGCACAUAGUUGGCUGGUAUCACUCCCACCCUCACAUUACUGUGUGGCCCUCUGAUAUUGAUUUGCAGACACAGGCAGGCUACCAGCAGAUGGACAGUCGGUUUAUUGGGCUUAUUUUCUCUGUAUACAAUGAGGAUAAGAAAACAAAGGUUGGUAGUCAUCAGGUGACUUGCUUCCAAGCAACUAAUCAAAGUCCCGAGGGAGAAGCUCCUCAAUAUGUGCGCUUGCCAGUUCCUCUGGAGAUUCGUCUAACUCCCUCGCUUGCGAUCAACAAUCAGCAGGCCCUAGAGAAUCUGUGUUCCACACUCUAUGAUGAGCAGAGUGAAGUGCUGCAGUUAUCUCGACAGCGAGCAAACCAAUAUCCCCUCGCACAUUUACACAAUUCUGCAGUUAUGGUACGGAGUGUAUGUGGUCUGAGCAGUCUUGUAUCCGGCCCUCUUGUGUCCACUGUGGAAGAGCUUUUGCAUCACAUUCAAGGAACUACACAACAGUUGAAACAAGAAUCGGAGUAUCUCAGGGAAUUUCUACAGGAAAAUAAAAUUGACAUUCCAUCUUAAUGUUGAAUUUCAUGCUACUGACCAUAUUUCUAUGGACACUGGUAAAUUUGUGCCUUUUUCCUGUAUGUGUUGAUAUUUUGCUAUUAGUUAUUGGUAUCUUUUAAACCUACGAUUCACUACGUUGAUUUAUUGUCCUGUGUGGCUUAGUAAAAAAACAAAAACAAAAAAACAAAGCUAGACUGGUCGAGAAUGUGUUUACAGUGACAUGGCACCCAAAAUUAUUGAAGAAAAUAUUUUAUAUCAAGUAUUUGAGAACAUUUAUAUAACUUCACUUAAAAACUAUUUUUUUUCUUAUUUAUUCUACAAUCCAAAUAAAAAAUUGUUAAUGGAUUAAUCAGUCAAUUUACUUUAAAAAAGUUCUCUGGUAGCACUAUGCAAACAUUCAUUUUACUAUGUAAAAAAUAACAUAGUAAUUAUUAUGUAAUACAGUAUGGGGGUGCAGUGAAAUUGAAGAACAGUGAAGUUUAAAAAACAAUAUUGUUCUUUAAAACAAUAUUGUCCCAUCAUUCAGCAAUAACAAUUAUAUAGUAAUAAUAUUAAAACUAUCUGACAAGAAAUGGCACAUGAUCCAGCUCAUGUAUUACAGUAUUUAGAUUUAAAUGAAUUUCAUAUUAACUAAGAGAUUAAAAUUAAUCUGAUGACAAAAAAAAAUACAGCAAUGAGAACCAGAACUAUUAUGUUCACAAAAUGUUGAGAUUCAUAGCGAGUCAUUCGCCCCCUCCCAAAUAACUGGCAUAUUCAUUAAACCAUUACAUUAUUUUGAUGGUUCUAUGUGACACUAUUUUGAUGGUUCUAUCAGUACCUCAAUACCACUGGUUAAAAUGCAGUCCAAAAAAAAAAAGCUAAAUUGUGAAAUUUUUUUUUUUUUAAUGUUUCCAAAAGCUAAGGCAUACAUAUACUUCUGGGAGUUUGUGCCACCUGAUGAUCUGACCAAAUAUAAAUUUUGUUUAGCAAAAUUUCACAUACUUUGUCUCUAUGUAGUUGAAUGUGAAACAAAUUUCAAAGAAAUUACUCAUCAUAAAUGCUCAAGACAUGUUUAAUUAUUUCAUUCAUAAUCAUAAUUAUAUUUUAUAUUUUUAAUAUUGUUAAAAUACAUUCUCUGAUCAUGAAAAAAAAAAUGUUUGUGCUUGCCUAGUUGUACUUACUUAAUUGAGCUUUGGCUCUUUGGUCCCGCUUCGCAACUGUCGAUCAACUGGUGUACAGAUUCCCUGAAUCUAUUGGUCUCCAUCAUAUCUACAUUUGAAACUGCAUGGAGUCUGCCUCCACCACAUUACUGCCUAAUGCGUUCCUUUUGUUGACUACUCUGACACUGAAUAAAUUCUUUCUAAUGUCUUUCCAAAGUCGUGUGUCACUUUAGCUGUGGUGAAGCCUGGAAGUUUUGGGAUUCAUGAGCGUUCAUGCAGCAUUAGCCCUGUGGCAGUAGCUGUAGCCCUGCCAUGGAGCGUGCCAAGGUAUUUUUAUAUUUUUAUUUUGAUGCCUUUGAUUUGUUUUUUCUAGUAAUGUUAUUCAAUAGUGUGUAAUUUGAGAAAUUUAUAUAAUUGUGGGGACCAUCAGAAUGCUCAAAUAUAUUUGUCACUAAUAUGCACACAAUAUUAUAUGCUUAGAACAAUAAAACAUGGUUGUUGCUGUUAUUACACUUUGCUCCAUAUACACACACAUGUUAUAUAACUACAUUUUCAUGCACCAUUAUGAACCACUAGGCAGUUCUCUUGGGUGUAAUAAUCUUAUAACCAGUUAUCAGGGCUAGCUCUGCAUGUUUUGCAUGAAAUUGUAUCUGCACAGAUUGAAUAUAUUAUAUUUUCUUAUUUUUAAUUUGUAAUGAUUUUUUCAAGUGCCGUGAUACAUUGGGCUGUCAUGCACACACAUUUGUGUCACUAUAAGGAUUUCAAUGCAGGACAAUUUUUGUAAGAGUCAGAAAUAACAAUUGUGACAGACGCACAUAAACUACAAGUACCUCGAGUGAACCCUUAUGUGGUGUAAGCCAUCAUCAUCAGGGUUAAGUGUACAGUACAGGUAGACUACCAUACUAAAUUAAAUAAAUUCCUAGAUUUCAGAA